ACAUUUUCACCAAUAUUACAAAUAACUCGCGUUAUUUCUACCAUUUUGUCGCGGUGGCGAACAACGCCGGUAUUCGGCCGCGGUUGGCAAUUCGAUUUGGAUACGACAAAUUCGCGCAGGGUUCUGCCGAAGGGAGCUGCGGCUUCUCCGGGUAGCGCUCAUUGCGGUGACGCUGCGCCACUUGAUCUGGGCCCUGUCUGGGCAUUAGCCUAUCCAGCUAGCACUAGCUAGGGAACGCUCAACCACUCAAAUGUACGCUUUUGUAUUUCCAUAUUUGCUGCGUGACGAGAGCUCUCGGGCUAAAAGAUACGCGGACGCGAUCAGUCGAACCGCGGUCCAUUAGGGAUGUCCAUUAGAAAGCGAAGCGUGCUUGUUUAUAAUUUUGGAAGUGCGUAGAAGGAAGUGCACUGCUGUUUCAUUCAUCUAGCAUUGCCGUUAGCGAGGUGGCUAGUUGCUAUGUAGCUAGCUCGCUAAGUGUACUUGACAUUCCAUAUCAAAAUAGACAUUUAGUCGAGACAGGAAUAGUUGUGUGGCUUUCUAUACUUGGCUAAUAAACGGAUCUUGUAAGUAGAGUUUCCUACAUGUGCUAUUUAUUUAGUCCCUUCAAAAGCUAGGCGGGGAGGGUAACGUUAGCGUAACAAAAGCUAUCGCUACAAUUUCACAGAUUGAACCGGAGGACCUCUCAAGAUAUGCGUCUUCAUUUUGAAUUAGUACCAAACAAUCGACAUAUGUAGCUUCCCUUCGUUUCACCGGUUAGUUUGUUACAGCUACGUGGAGUUGAAAGAGUUUGAAAGCAAAAGGCUGUUGAUGGAGGUUGCAGACAAGACAUCAAAACAGAAAGUCCCGAUCAAGUUUGGAAUCAGAUGGAAUGUUCGGGGCUUGUGUAAAAGCAGCGACGUACCACGUCCGUCAGCUCACGAGUCACGUUAUUGAGAUGACGACGAACACGUCCGGAAUGGAGUCACAGAAUCUAGUGGACGACCUGUCGCCAAAGAAGAACACAGUUCUCAAGCUUAGUAAUGGUCCCGUUGUGGGGUCCCGCAAGCGCCCGUCAGAGGGGAACUACGAGAAAGAGAAGGAACACUGCAUUGCCCUGUUUGACCAGUGGUCAGAGGCUGACCAGGUAGAGUUUGUCGAGCGUCUGAUCUCCCGAAUGUGCCACUACCAGCAUGGCCACAUUAACUCCUACCUCAAACCCAUGCUACAGAGAGACUUCAUCACAGCGCUGCCAGCCCAAGGCUUAGAUCACAUAGCAGAAAACAUCUUGUCUUUCCUGGAUGCGCGUUCGCUUUGUGCAGCAGAGCUGGUGUGCAAGGAGUGGCAGAGGGUCAUCUCUGAGGGCAUGCUAUGGAAGAAGCUCAUAGAGCGCAUGGUCCGCACCGACCCGCUGUGGAAAGGCCUGUCGGAAAGACAUCAGUGGGAGAAGUAUCUAUUCAAAAAUCGCACAUCCGAAGUCCCACCCAACUCUUAUUAUCACUCCCUUUAUCCCAAAAUCAUCCAAGACAUUGAGACAAUUGAAGCUAAUUGGCGGUGUGGCAGACACAAUUUGCAAAGGAUUCAAUGCCGCUCAGAAAAUAGUAAAGGGGUUUAUUGUCUCCAGUACGAUGACGACAAGAUCAUCAGUGGCCUUAGGGACAAUUCCAUUAAGAUCUGGGAUAAACAGUCACUGGAGUGUCUGAAGAUUCUGACGGGUCACACAGGUUCGGUCUUGUGUCUCCAGUAUGACGAAAGGGUCAUCGUCACCGGCUCUUCUGACUCAACUGUUCGGGUGUGGGAGGUGACGACGGGCGAGGUACUCAACACGCUGAUCCACCACAACGAGGCCGUUCUUCAUUUACGCUUCGCCAACGGCCUCAUGGUCACGUGUUCCAAGGACCGCUCGAUCGCCGUGUGGGACAUGGCCUCUCCGACCGACAUCAGCUUACGGCGCGUCCUCGUGGGACACCGGGCGGCUGUCAACGUGGUCGACUUCGACGACAAAUAUAUUGUAUCGGCCUCAGGGGACCGCACCAUCAAGGUAUGGAGCACCAGCACCUGUGAAUUUGUGCGCACUCUAAACGGUCACAAGCGGGGCAUCGCCUGUCUACAAUACCGGGACCGACUGGUCGUCAGCGGCUCAUCCGAUAACACAAUUAGGUUAUGGGACAUCGAGUGCGGCGCAUGUUUGCGAGUGCUGGAGGGCCACGAAGAGCUGGUGCGUUGCAUCCGCUUUGACAACAAGAGGAUCGUCAGCGGCGCUUAUGACGGGAAAAUCAAGGUGUGGGACUUGCAGGCGGCCUUGGACCCACGAGCCCCCGCAAGCACGCUAUGCCUGCGCACUCUAGUGGAGCAUUCUGGCCGCGUGUUCCGUCUCCAGUUUGAUGAGUUCCAGAUCAUCAGCAGCUCUCACGACGACACCAUUCUCAUCUGGGACUUCCUCAACGUCUCCACUAACGGCCAGUCCGAGGGGCGGUCUCCCUCCCGCACCUACACUUACAUUUCUAGAUAGCAGGUGGCUCCAUCUCCCGCAGCCGGUCUCGACGGAGUCCCGGGCCGAUCGGGCCGACCGGGCCCACGGCUGCGUCGGCCGCGGAACGGAACCCAUCUCUUCACCUUCCUCUUGGUCAUCACUCUGUCCGCCCGCCUCCCUCCCUCCCUCCCUCCCUCCCUCCGUCCGUUCCGCCCAACUCCGAACGGACCUCGGAACGCGUGGCCGUUUUCUACCAGCGCAGAGGACGUCCGGCAAUUGAACCGACGCCAUUUUCCCCAGUCGACUAAUUUAUCUUUUGUACACAAAUGACAGUAUUAACGGACCUUGGAUACGUUACAAGUUCCCUUCUCCUGCAACCAAAUUGACAAAGCUUUUGCUCCUCGGUCUCCGCCCCCCUCCCCUGCCAAAACGGUCUCAGCAGAUAAGGAAUUGCUUCGACUUCUAUUUAUAUGUCACAUAUUCAUACAUCCAUGCAAAUGCACAAGGAGCGGCGCUGGCCGGAGCCGUCGCGCGGGAGAAAGAGACUCUUUACGCUCGGCUCCGGGAAAGAUGGAGGGGGUCCACGAGGGGGAGGCUGCGCGCUGCCCUCUCCCCCACCUUGUCCGUUUCCUCAAUAUCUGCCCAUCCCAUCCCAUCCCAUCCCUGCUUCGUGUGCCCCCCACCCCACCCCACCCAAGAAAUGCACACUAGCUGGGAAUAUUUGGGCACGCGCUUACGUGGACUUGGCAGAGCAGAACACAGCAAAAAGCGUCAGACAUGCAUGUGAGGUUGCCACGGAUACGGCGUCCUGGCACCAAUGAGCUAUCCCCCCCCCCUUUCUCUUCUUUUCUUACUGUUUUUAUAUAUAUAUAUAUAUAUACAUACAUACAUAUAUAUAUAUAUAAAUAUACAUAAUUGUUUUCUAAUUUGACUUGAGUAUGUGUCCCAAAUUCCUCCUUUUUGCCGUCUGUCGUCCUCCCUCCCCCGCCUUCGCUUCAUCUGUCCCUCUCACUCCAUUGUCGAGCUUAUUUGCUUACGAGAGAAGCUGGAAUUUGUUCAAAUUUAGUUGUAAACGGACUUGUUUUGUCUGAAAUUGUGUUGUAUAUUAAAAUGAUUUUUUUAAAGAAGAAAAAUGACCUUAUUGUGAAUAAAGUACUUGACGGUGAGUGUUGAGCCAACUAACACGGGAUGAGUGUCGAUGAUGUUUUUUUUGUUUUUUGUGUGGUUGGUUGGUUGGUUGCAACACUGGUGGCAGAUUUGUCCUCUGCUUUUCUAGGACUAAAUAAAAUGGAACUUCUUUUCUA